AUGGCGACGGCGGUGGCUGGGGCGGCGCUGGUCGUGGCCAAAGAGCUGGUCCUGGUCGGGAUCCAGCUCUCCGGGGUGCCGAAGCAGAUCGGCCGCUGCAUCGAGCUCACGCGGGCGUGCCACAACUCGCUGCGGGAGCUCGCCAGGCUCCGGGAGGAGCACCGCGCGGCCCUGACCCCGGACAAGCUGCGACGGAUCGACGACACCAUCGUCAUGGGCACCAAGGCCUUCGACGAGGUCUGCACCAUCGUCGGGCGGUUCGGCCCUCAGGCCUUCAGCGGCGUCGGCCUGUUUAGCCGCCUGCGGUGGCAGUACAAGGACUCGCACGAGUUUGAGGAAAUGAGGCACAUCAUCGAGAGGAACAACAUCGACAUCAACGAGGCCAUCACCCGCAUCAUCCUCAUCGCCGAGCUCCAGCCCGUCACCAGGAUGGCCAUGGACUACUUGGGGCAGAGGGAGCAGCAGUCUAUCGAGUUUACGAGGGAAAAUGAGCCUGUUAACACGUACGGAAAGACUUGA